AUGCUUGUCGAUCCCCGCGCCUCGAGGCAGAGGACACGGAGGGAUACUGUCUCAUCCAGAACCCCAAGGAAACGAAAGGCGUCAUCUGUCCUAUCGCCGGGAGUUAGAGAUGCAGAAAGGAGCACUACUGAGGAUGUUCCCGUCGCUCAAGACCCAUCCAAAGAUCCCAUAGCAGCGCUGUCACCCGCAGUCGUCAUCAGCGCAGUGGAAACCUACAGAAAAAAGUUUCCAAUUACCAAUUUUCUUCAUUACCCUUCUUUAAUCUCUGACAUAUCAUCCAACGUCCAUUCCGUGGACUCCGUCUUUGUGGCCUCGGUCCUUUCCUUGUGUGUGCGGUUUAUGAACAGCGAUGAACUCAAAGAAGAAGAAAUAUAUGCCGACUAUGCACGCAAAAACCUUGCCCAGCGCGUGCUUGAGGCCCCCUCGCUUUACCUUGCCCAGUCCCUCGUGAUGAUCUCGUUCUAUGAGUGGGGAACUGGACGUCCAUAUCAAGCUUGGAUGUAUAGCGGCAUGGCGACAUACAUGAUUCAAUCCCUUCUGAAGAUGGCAGAUGACAGCAUGGAACACAAUCCUCAAGAGUUCCAUGCAUCUCAAACACAGUACGAACAGCUAGUCCGAACUUACUGGUGCUGUUUUGCGCAAGACUGUGAGCUGAGCUCCGGGGCCCGUCAGCACUUUGCGCUAUCAUUCUCCCAGAUCUCAGUUCCUCUCCCUAUCAGUGAUCGGGACUUCACAUUUAAUCAUACGCCAGCUAACAGGUUGAUGCCUGCUGAUAUGAAUAAAGACUGUUUGCUAGCGAAUGAUCUUACGAUUGAGCAUGGCCUCACAAUUGUCACUCGAGGAUUCGACAUAUUCGUACGAAUCCUAAGAUUUGCGAACGAACAUCGACGGGCGCUGGCUUCUUUGUCAUCAGAUGACUCGACUACAUCCCCACUCCUAUUAACCUGGCAAGUCCUCAAGAAGGAACUGGAUGAAUGGAGGUUUCUUCAGGAUGUAACUGUUCGGUUCCCAGAUACCAGUGUUCAGUCACACGUGGCACUUGGGUACGGAGAGCUGUUUGCGUACAUCAAUCUGGUCCACUGCAUGAGCAUCCUUUUUCUCCACCGAGACCGCUUCUUAUCCAACCUCAAGCCCCAUUCUGACGUCUUCCACGGCACAAGCGAUAACGCGCAAGGCGAACCUGAUACAAUCAAACAAUUAUUUGAGGCCGCUCAACGGAUCGGGGGUAUUCUCAAUGCACUAGACGCCUCUGGCGCACCCGUCAUGUCACCAUAUUCUGGCUUCAGUGUCUUUGUCGCUGCCCAUAUCAACAUGUAUGGGACAAUUGCACCACAGCGGUAUCCGGGCGGCCUCGAACGGGCCGAAGAAGAAAAGAGCCGAAAUCUCAACUACCUCGAGCGACUAAGUAAACUCUGGCCCGUUGGUCGCAGCUGGUGGCGAACGGUCCAAGAAGCAAAUCGAUUCUACGAAACAGUCAAGAGUAAUCAAGCCCACUCCGAGUCUGGAAUGCACAGUCCCAGAAGAUUCGCCCUCGCAGGUACCCUGGAUGAAUACGGUGAUAUCCGAUCUCGUCCGAGCAGGGAUGCGUAUGCGACUAGAGCGCGAACAUCGGAAUCCCGCGAUACCAGCUCACAUGCCCGUGGAGGAACUUCGUCGCCUAGUCUUGGUGGUGAAGCCAACUUUCUGACCAGAGAGACUACUGCUAUGGGUAGCCAUCAUGACUUUGAAACUGAUAUGUUCCAAUGGCCAUUUAUUGAUGGGUCGUGGUCCCUUGGGUUCGAUGCGGGCUUAGAUGGGUUGUGGUAUAACUCGGGCUUGUUUGACCCAAAUCCAUCUCUUAGAUAA